AUGUUCCAGGUUUGGUUUAUAAAGGAGCGGGUCCACAUGCAUCCUUCAUUCCCCGCUUCCUCUUUUCUCCCUCACAGCAAAGUGAAGAACGGGAAGUUGUACCUGGCCUCGUUUGCAGCCGUUUUGGGCCCCAUGAGCUUCGGCUUCGUGCUGGGCUACAGCUCCCCCGCCAUCCCUGAGCUCAGCAGCAUUUCCGACCCGCGGCUCAGGCUCAGCGACGAGCAGGCCUCCUGGUUCGGGUCCAUAGUGACGCUGGGAGCGGCGGCGGGCGGCCUGCUGGGCGGCUGGAUGGUGCAGAGGAUCGGCAGGAAGCUCAGUCUGAUGCUCUGCUCGCUGCCCUACGUCUUUGGCUUCACGCUCAUCAUCGCUGCUCAGAACGUGUGGAUGUUCUACGUAGGCAGAGUGCUGACGGGGUUGGCCAGCGGCGUCACAUCGCUGGUGGUCCCGCUGUAUAUUUCUGAGACGGCCCAUGAAAAGGUGCGCGGGAUGCUGGGCUCCUGUGUUCAGCUCAUGGUGGUCUCUGGGAUCAUGGGCGUUUACCUGGCAGGUCUGUUCAUAGACUGGCGCUGGCUGGCCAUCUGCUGCUCGCUGCCGCCGUCCCUCAUGAUGGUCGCCAUGUGUUUCAUGCCGGAGACGCCGCGGUUCCUGCUGUCCAGAGGGAAGCGGCGGGAGGCAGAGGAGGCGUUACGCUUCCUGCGAGGGCCGGAUGCUCCUGUUGAGUGGGAGUGCGCUCGAAUCGAGGAGGCAACCGAAGAACAGGGCUCCACUUUCCGGCUGUCCGACCUGAAGGAUCCGGGCGUCUUCAAACCGCUGGUGAUCGGCGUCCUGCUGAUGGUGUUUCAGCAGAUGACCGGGAUCAACGCCAUCAUGUUCUACGCCGAGAACAUAUUCGAACAGGCACACUUUGAGGAGAGCGACCUGGCCUCGGUUAUCGUCGCUCUGAUUCAGGUCAUCUUCACAGCAAUAGCAGCUGUGAUCAUGGACCGGGCCGGCAGGAAAGUUCUCCUCAUCAUCUCAGGAAAACCUAACUGCCGCUGUUCAGGUUUCGCCAUCGGCUGGGGUCCCAUCCCGUGGCUGAUCAUGUCGGAGGUCAUUCCCAUUAGAGUGAGGGGCUUCGCUGGAGCUGCUGUGGUGCUCAGCAACUGGGGGAUGGCUUUCAUAGUCACCAAAUCCUUCCAGGACAUGAUGAACCUCCUGACCAGCGCCGGGACCUUCUGGCUCUUCUCCUGCAUGUGCUUCCUCAACAUCAUCUUCACCGUCAUCCUGGUCCCAGAGACCAAAGGCAAGACGCUGGAGCAGAUCGAAGCCAUUUUCAGAGGGACGUCGGGUCCGUGACGGCGUGCCAAGCAGGGAUGGACAUCAUCAACCUAAACAAACUGUUAAAGUGGGCAUUAGAGAAAAAAAAGGAAGCUGAUUUAAGCAGCUUCCAUGUUUGCUUUUAUAACCGUAACAAAAGAUUUUAAGUGAUUUAUUAGUUUGUUUUAUGAAAACUGUUUAUUUUGUGCCAUUGAGCUGAAUUUUAUCAGUGAGGUGCGACUAAACUGCCAACGAUGAUAUUAAUUAAUCAUUGGUUGGACUUUUUGACAUGUUGAAAAAUAACCUAAUCCUUCAUUGACUGACACCUGAGGGAUACUUUGCUCUUCACUGCUCCCUGCUGGCCACAGAGCGUCCAGCGGGCCCAGCUUAGAUCUAAAAAUGUAUGGAGGGAAAUUUGAUCCAUUAAUGUUGCAAAAGAAAAAGGCAUUUUGUAAAUUAAAAAUCUAGAAAGUUU